CAUUCUGAGUUUUUGAUCAAUAGGAAGGAAGUAGACAAGAUAUAAAUCUAGAUCUAGAAAUAAAUAUAGCCAUGAUAUUUUUGUCAAUCGCAAUGGAAAUACAUAGACAAGAUCUAAAUAUGUAAAAAAAAAUGCAUUUAAUUUAAUCCUAUUGUUAAUUUCCUGAUCUGUUGUAAUUUUAACAGAUUUUCUUUGACUAUUUUGAUUCUUUCAUUGAGAGAACACUGAAGCCCAGAACGCAAAUAUCCAUCUAUAAGUUUCUAUGCCUCAGAGUUCUUAGAUCGGUCAAGUUUGUUGGUUCUAUCGUUACAGUAGUAGCUGUUGCUAUCAUUUUAAGCCAUACCGUAGAAUGGAGCAGGAUCUGGAAAGACCUACACUGUCAAGAAUUCUCCCACUUGAAAAGCCGCCCACCUCUGACCCCGAGGGCAAGACACAUGGUCUGCUCUAAAGCCCCUGUUGUGUCACGAACCCAGUGCAGUGGGUGUUUCAGGCCUAGCGUAAGCGAAUGGUCGCGAAAGCUUGUCCAGUUCACAGACCAGGACAGGGUUCACCCACGUGGUCCAGAGAAAUACUUUCAAACGAGGAGAGAGAUGCAGCAGGAAUUGGUGGACGGAAUUCUAAUAGCUCCUUGGUCGGUGUGUACCGAGUCUUGCCCGUAUCUGGUAGCCAUACAGCUGUCCACUAUAGAGAUGAGCGACGAGAGAAUGAGAACCAGGACUACCUGGGCCAGCGUGGCGAAGACCAGCUUCUGGCCCCAUCGCCGAAUGAACGCGGAUCUUAAGAUCGUCUUCGUGGUCGCGCACAAGAUCCCUGACGUCACGGUGAAGCUGCGCGGAAGAGAAGCGACCCUUCCAAGUGAAAAACAAUGGCGACAGUUGACCACGGAGUCCGACCUUCACGGGGACAUCCUGUACUUGGACAUGAUAGACAGUUACCCCAACUUGACAUUGAAAGUCAUGUCCAGUCUGAAAUGGCUGAGCGAGCAUUGUUUGAGGACUAAAUAUUUCCUUAAGGUAGAUACUGACACCUUUGUCAACGUACCGCUUCUGCUUGACCUCUUGAUACUUAACGAGGAGGCUCUAAGUAACUCUGUUCUUGGCUACAUCAUUAACGGAUCCAGAACAGUAGCACGUGAAGGAAGAUGGGCGGUGGACCGUAAUAUAUAUCCUAUGGCCAUGUACCCAUUCUAUGCUGCAGGAUGUGCUUACGUCAUUUCUGCCCAAGUAGCUCGCGCCAUCGUGGCGGUGUCUCCGUACAUACCCAUGCUGCCCAUAGAGGACGCUUACGUGACAGGGGUCAUGACCAAAGUGGUCAAGGCACAGCUAUUUGCACACAAUGAGCUGUUCACUGAGUUCAUGGACCACCUUUGGCAGAGGUGCCAGAUGGUCCUAGACACCAAAAUAGCCAGCACAAACUCAGGAGGGGAUCAGGCCAUGGAAAUCUGGUCUGCCAUCUUAGUACAAAACAAGACGUGCUUUACAGCUAAUACUGUGCGUGAAGAAGAUCUCAUAAACAUAAUCUACUCUGGCUAAAGCCUCGCCUUACAGUGAUAUGGUGAUAGUGCAUGGUUACUAUAACAAUUAAAUGUGUUGACUGUCAUGCACCUAAGUCGGCUGGUCAUUUGAUGCUCAGUGGAUUAAGUCGUCUUAAGGAUUGUUAGAAAUUUAAUAUUUUCGCUUCAGCUUCGUAGAGGCUCAUGAAUUAUGUUGGCUACAGAAACAGCGAAGCAGUUUACCUAGGAUAGAAAGUCAAGUAGUCAAAAGUUUUGAUUCACCGUGUUGUAGUUUCUGUAAACUGCGUCUACCAAUCAUAUACUGUACAAUAAAUGUAGCCCACCGAUGCUGUUCGACAACAGGAGAAUGUCAUCUAGGUGUAGACAUUUUUUACAUAAACCUGUAUCCACCUUUUUGUUGACAUAGAUGAGAUAACAGAACUAUAGAUAUUAACAGAAAGAAGAAAUAACAACGUGUAUGACCUAUAUUGAAAAAAUCAAAGGAUACAAAGUCAAUUGAUAUACUUUGGAAAAAAAUAUAAAAAAAAUAUAGAAAGAAAAAAGCUGUAUAUAUGUAGGUACUCUUUGUGGCGUUAAGCUUUCAGAAAAAGGGAAAUUAAAAAAAAAGCUCUUCCUAGAAUGUGUAUCUACUAAAUAGCAAUUGACUUUGAGGCACAUUUUAAGAAAUGCUAUAUAGGCCUAGUCAGUGGCGUCACUAGGGUCGGUGUCACCAGGUGCGGCAAGCCCGACUGUCACCCCCCCCCUUUCCCCAGGAAAAUAAUAAUCUCCCACUAAAAAAAGAAACAACUAUUUUUUAUUCUGCUUCUUUAGGUUGAACAAUAAAACUGUAAGUUUAUUAAUAAAUUGGUUACACCCGA